AUGUUCGCCGGCAUUAGAAAUGCCCUUAUGGGUCGCCAAAGCAUGGCAUUUGCUGGACAAAGAAACUUCAGUCUACUGAAUCGUAUGCGUGCUGCUGUGGAACAGGUCAAGUCCGACACCUCCCAGCUUGGUCCCAUCAUCAAGACUGACAACGAGAGAACCGUCAUGUGGAAGAUCUACGCCAAAUUCAAUAAACAUAAUACCAUUUGCUCCUUGUUUGCUGUCACCGAGGACUUGGACUUCAUGAAGAACAACGAACACUUAUCAUACAACGAGAAAGUCUUAUACUACAUGCAAUUACCACACAAGGCCAAGGUCACCGUCAGUGCGGGUAUGCUCGGCUUCCGUAAGUCGCAGAGACAAGAAUACGAAGCCGGUUACCAGGUUUCCAGCAGACUUUUCAAGCUUAUCGAGGAGAAGAAGCUCAUUGGUCCAAAUGACAAAAUCGAGGUUGUCCUUUCCAACUUCGGUAAGGGUAGAAGCGCCUUUGAGGCUUGUUUGAUGGGUAAGGAGAGUGCAUUUUUAAGAUCCAACAUUGUCAGAAUCUCUGACAACACCAAGAUCAAGUUUGGUGGUAAUAGAGCAAAGGCCCAGCGUCACGCUGCUGCUGCUAAGAAAUCUGCUUUGAAGGGUACCAACUCCAAGAAGGCCACUAAGGUGAGAACCAACACCACCUUCAGACUUCCAAACACCUUGAAGUUGGCCAGAAAGCCAAGAUACGCCAGAACUUCCGUUCCUCACUACAGAAGAUUGGAUGCCUACAAGAUCGUCGAGUCCCCAAUUGCCUCUGAGACCGCCAUCAAGAAGGUUGAGGACGGUAACACCUUGGUUUUCCAGGUUUCCUUGAAGGCCAACAAGCACCAGAUCAAGGCUGCCGUUAAGGAGUUGUACGAUGUCGAGGUUGAGAAGAUCAACACCUUGGUUAGACCAAACGGUACCAAGAAGGCCUACAUCAGAUUGACUGCUGACCAUGACGCUUUGGACGUUGCCAACAGAAUCGGUUACGUGUAA